UUUGACGUUUCGGAAACAUAAUAAAAAAAUUUACGUGGAGACUGGAGGCGAUAGUAUAGGAAAACAUUUAUUCAAACAUAAUCGAUAUGACGACACGUACUUUAUAAAUGAAGGCUGUCGUGUUUUGAACUACCAGUCGGUAACGUAACUUCGGCGAGACGUUCGGCUACAGUGGGAGCCAACGUUGUACGUGGAGAGCAUCGCUAAAUCGUAUAAACACUAUUUAGUAUUUUAAAUUGUAAGUGUGGAGUGAGUGUCAUCGAUUACAUAAAAUGCCUUGCCCUUUCCUAGGAUCAAUGAAUCAAGGAUUCGUGCGGAAUUACGGCAGCGCCCUGCUCAAGCAAUAUGGGAAUUUGUGCCCAAUACUUUCGCGAGGUUUCCGCUCGCUCGGGGUCGACGAGACCAAGUGCCCGUUCAUUCAGGAGGCUCCGAAGGAGAUGACCGAGGACAUCAAAGAGAGCGGGCCGACUUACCAAUACGAGAAGUUCUUCAGUGAACAGAUCAACGCUAAGAAGAAGGAUUACUCUUACAGAGUGUUCCGCAAGGUCUCCCGUCUGGCGGCCGACGGUAUGUAUCCGCAGGCUUUGGAAGGCGCCGACAAUCGUCGCGUGACGGUCUGGUGUGCGAAUGACUACCUCGGCGCAUCGCGCCACCCCGUGGUCCAGGACGCGGCCAUCUCCGCCAUCAAGUCUUACGGUACAGGCGCGGGAGGCACUCGCAACAUCGCGGGCAACUCGCAAAUGACUGAAAAACUCGAAGCCGAAAUCGCCAAACUUCACAAAAAGCCUGCCGCACUAAUCUUCAGUUCCUGUUUUGUUGCGAAUGAUGCAACAUUAUCAACUUUAGCGAAAAUAAUGCCCGGUUGUAUAGUUUAUUCCGACGCGGGCAACCACGCGUCUAUGAUACAGGGGAUCAGGAACAGCCGGGCUCCAAAGCAUAUAUUUAGGCACAAUGACCCCAAUCACCUUAGAGAAUUGUUAUCAGCAUCCCCAGCUGGUGUACCGAAGCUAGUCGUUUUUGAGACUGUUCACUCUAUGAGUGGAGCUAUUUGUCCUUUAGAAGAAAUGUGUGAUAUUGCUCAUGAGCAUGGGGCAUUGACCUUCGUAGAUGAAGUACACGCAGUAGGUUUGUACGGGAAACAUGGUGCUGGAAUAGGAGAAGAAAGGGGUCUGGAACACCACAUAGAUAUUGUGUCUGGGACUUUGGGUAAAGCCUUUGGGAAUGUUGGAGGAUACAUUGCUGGCUCUUCUCUUCUCAUUGAUACAAUCAGGUCAUUAGCACCUGGGUUUAUCUUCACCACAGCGCUUCCACCACCAACUUUAGCGGGCUCUCUCGCAGCUAUCCGCCUUCUAGCCAGCGGAGAGGGCAGAAGUAUGAGAGCAAAACACCAAGGAAUUGUCCGUUACUUAAAGCUCUCUUUACUCAUAGCUGGUCUUCCCCAAAUGCCAUCUGUGAGUCACAUAGUACCGGUGCCGAUAACUGGGGCAGACAAAGUUGCCAUGGUGGCUGAGUCGUUAAUGAAAAGAGGGCAUUAUGUGCAAGCUAUAAACUACCCAACAGUAGCUAGAGGUGAGGAACGUUUGAGGUUUGCACCGGGGCCACACCACACCCCUGAAAUGAUUGACAGCCUCAUCACUGCCUUGAUUGAAUCAUUCCAUGAAAAUAACAUAAGUUUCGACCAGUUUAUGGUCAACGGCGCUUGCCGUGAAUGCAGUAUGGAGUACAAAGUCGACGUCGCGUACGAAGAACCAUACAAAUACACCAUGAUUGCUGCAUAAUUGCAUAUAAAAUAGACGACAUAAAAAAGCUUCUCUCAUGGCAUAUUUACAUUGAGUCAGUUACUAACUCAAAAUCAAAUUAGCUAAGUAAUUAGAUUGGAUUCUUAGCUUAAAAUAAUUACUGAUUACUGGAUAGUUAUGUGCUAGAAUCAAAAAGUAGAACACAAGUCAUUAAUAACCCAGUAAUAGUAUCUAAAUUGAUUAAUAAAUGUUUGUAAUAACUGAAUCUUUGUAAAUCUGUCGUAUUUCCUAUAUGCAGGAAUAAAAUGUCAUAAUUAAUAUGUUAAAAUAUUGCAAAGUUUAUUUUCAGUUGUUAUAACUACGGUGUGGUUUUAUGGUAGGGAUAAAUAAAAGUAUGGUAUAAUU